AUGAGUCCAUCCAGCAAGCCAGCCCAAUCCUUGCUCGACUCCAUUACAGUUCAUCCUCGGUUUGUUCGCGGGGCUGCUGGCCUGAACAGCAACCAGUCGGCUAUUGCCCGCUGUAAAUGGACAUACGCUCCACUUGUCCUAAGUCGGGUGAGGAACUUGGGAGUGUCCUCAUUCCGAAAGCAACAUUAUGAAUAUGGGGUAGCUGUGGGCAUCCGUCUAGGAACGAAAAUGAAGGGAGAAAUAUGCAGCAGCAGCAGCUAUAACGAAGCAUGGGGUACGCAAAAUUCUCCUAUGAGACUUGGCACACAGUGCUCAUCAGAAAACACUUCUCAAUAUUUGAGUGUUUGCGUUCGAGUACCCAACCUCUCUUAA